AUGACUGUGUUAACCACAACAGAGGCCGAGGGACGGACGGCCCCAGGCCUGCAGGAGGGGGCUUGGCCUCGGCGCUGUUCCUGGUCUGGCUCCGCAGGGGAAGGGCUCGCGGGGCCUCGAGGCGCCCAGAGACGGUGCUCCCGGUGGCGGCGGGCUGCGUGCGCCCUGCAGCAGCCGGAGCCCGGGAGCAAUCGCGGCGGAGCGGCCGGGGCUCCGGGCUCCGGGCUCGGGCACUGGGGCGGCGCCGUCGUGCCCCCUCCACGCCGGCCAGGCGCCAGCCUCACAGGUCCUCCUCCAGGCUCUGACUUCCGCCUCCCUCCCGGCCUCCUUCCUUCUGUUCCAAGGGCCCUGCCUGCGCCCCGCGCCCCCCAGCUGCCCUGGGGUAUCCCUGGCCUGGGUCGGGCGAGCCCCGGGAGCCUUCCCCGGAACACGGCGUCCACGUCAGCUCUGCCCUGCUGCGUGGCUCUGACGGGAGAGCCUCCGCGCUCCUGUGCCCGCACGAGCAGGUGCCCAGGCCUGAAGGCGCUGGGAUGGGGACGGGCAGCCGGGCAGGGCGCAGGGCUGCGGGAGCCCACCCUCAGGGGGAAGCAGGGAGACAGCCAGCUGCUGGAGAUCCCUGGGCAGCUGCGGCAAAGAGUCAGCAGCAGCCAGGGAGCAAGAGGACAGAAGACUGGCCUGGGUGGUCCAAGGCUGAAGGAGGAGGAUGGGGGAAGCAUCUCUCGGGAGGAGAGGUGCAUAGCUGGGCCAUGCAACUGUCAGCCUCUUCGCACCCCCCAGCUGGGUGGUGCCCACCAUUCACAGAAUCCCUAUUUCACACAUAAGGGACCCAAAGGGCAGACAGAGCUCUUUGGCGGCGGCUAUCUAGAGAUCAGACCAUGUGAGGGAAGGAGAGUACAAAUACGGCCGCUCGGGCGCCAGCUCCGCACAGGCAGCCGCGCCCCCGGGCCUCGAGGGCGCGAGGGUCGCCCCACCUCGGAGCGCCGCGGACCAGCCUCCGCACCGACUCCCGGCAGGUGGGUGGGCGGCCGCGGGGGCGCGGGGCGAGCGGUCCCCGGACGCGGGGGCUCCUUCGCCUCCCGAGGGUGGGGGGCUUCCUCCGAGGCCGGUACCGGAGCAAGACCCUGCGAGGCGGCCGCACGCCGAGCGCUGCCCGGCGCGGGGGGAAAGUUGCUGCAGCUGAAGUCGCGGCUUCUGCGCGCCCCUGGGUCAGCGCGCGGCGCGCAGGCGGCCCGGCCGAGGCGUUUCUGCAGGGAGGGUCUGGUUGACAUCAAUGCCCGGUAUCUAGAGAAGUCUCUGAACGACGCUUAA